AUGUCCUCCUCCGGCUCUGAUGAACAGACUCCGUCUCCAUCUGGCAGGAGCAGUGUUAUGGCGGCGCUGCUCGGCGACGACGACUUCGAGCCGUACGUUCGGAGGAAGAAUUCGGCCAGUGAGGCCAAGAGAAGAAUGGAAGGGUUGAAUGAAGAGGAGCAAAACGUACUACGGACUUCGAUAAAUUCGAGAGAGAGGAAGAGGAUGCAUGAUUUGAACGAUGCACUCGAUGAUUUGAGGAGUUGUCUUCCGAAGGUGUACACGGAAGGCCCGGGCGGAAGGCGUUUGAGCAAAAUCAACACGCUGAUUUUGGCUGCUAAUCGAAUCCGGCAGCUUAUGAAAAUCAAUGAACGCUUGGCGGGUGAAAACGAGAAACUCCGAGGUGCCAGUACGCCCGAAUCCGGAAAAGAGGACGUCCCACCCGGCCUCCAACCACCACCGGCCAAAGUGCCGAAUUUGAGGAUUAAGGUAGGGGUUAAUGUC